CGGUACCGUAAUAUUAGACACGGUUUCAAUAUUUGUAAAUACAAUAACACUUUUCGUUUUUGGUUUGGGUUCCAAAAGUCUCUUGAGACCUGUUUUUAAAUAUGGGUUCGUUAAAUACUGAUAGUUCAUCGCAAGCAGAAACCUGUUCGAAUAAUCCUUACUGUGCAAACACUGUUCACUUGCUAGCAACUGGCCUAAUCGAUUUAUAUAAGCCAAGUCUGACAAAUGUUAACAACCAGUUGAAGGAAUUAACUACUAAACAAAAUAUAUUGGUCGAACAAUUACACGAUGAAAAUUUAAAGAUAUCAUGGGCAAAAAAUUCUGAAGAAAUGGCGGAGAUGUUUAAUAUGCUAAAAGUUUACCAAACAAAGUUGUGCAAUAUUAAACGCGAAAUGAGAAAUCUUCAUGAGAAAAGUGCAAAACUGAAAAAACGAGCCCUACGCUUGCAGCAAUAUAAAGAGAAAGAAAACGUUGUUAAAACUCAACAAAUCCAACAUGAGGAAGAUUUAAUACCAAAACGUACUGAUAAAUAAUACUAUUCAUAAAGGUCAUAUUUUGUUCAAUAAACUAUUUUCCACACUGAAG